AUCGCGUGAACCGGCACAAAGUUCGCGAAUAGGGGGGCAGCGAAGAAUAUAAAUAUGGAUCAGCUAAGCUCAAUCAAUAUUGUUGAGGAAGAUUUUGAAGCAGCAACAUGAAGUUCUUCGCCAUUUUCUUCGCCGUCUUGGCAUUCUUCGCCGUUUUCGCAUCGGCUGAUGAAAAGUGCGGUGGUAAGUGCAGAUGCACCAAGGACGCAGUCAAGCCAUUCUGCGCAAAGGACAGCAACUCGCAGAACAAGCUUACGUUCGAAAAUGAAUGCAAAUUGAAAUGCUGGAACUGCCAACGCGGAACAGCAUUCACUUUCCUUCACGACGGAACUUGUCAUUGAAACAACUCGAUGACGCAGAUCAGCGUGGAAAUGAAAUGUGUUUCUGUGCUUUGCAAUAAACAAAAAACCGUUUGAAAUCUC